UGUUUAAACACCCUUUUUCUCAUUACCAAAAUUCAUUGCUUAUAUAUAUAUCUCUCUCUCUCACACAGACACACACACACACACACACUAAUAUACGUGUGAUAAUGGCAAACUAUAUCGGCUCUGCAGAAACCAUAAUCACGGCGGCGCUGUCCAAUCUCCCAUCUUCACACCUCUCUCAUCUAACACACUCCAUCUCCGCCCUCUUCCGCCGCCACCUCCGCCGCCUGACCUCUCUCCUCUCCUCCCCGACCAUAUUCUCCCUCACUCUCCGCCACCUCCAGUCUCUCUCCCUCCACCACAAGUCCUUCCUCAUUGCCCGCCACCUCUUGUCCAAUCUCACCGUUCUCCACCACUUUGUUCGAGACAGCACCUCCGCCGCCACCGCAGCACCACCGCUGUACUCCGCCGCGCACAUGAAACUCCGGGACCUGGACGCGGUCCUCCUCCUUCUCCUUCUAUGCGAACUCUACCAACACGAUCGGGAGUUCCUCGACGCGCCGCCUUCGCGGUGGCGCGUGGUUCUAUCCGAUUACGUUUCUGAUUCGGUUUUGAGGUUAUCCAGUUUCGGUGGGUGCUCCAGUGCAGAAAUUUUGACCCAAUUCGUUGAAUCUGUGAGCAGAUGCUGGAAUUUGGUUAAUUUAAUGGGGUUUAGCGGCGGUGGUGGAGGGGAGAAGGAGGGGAGGGAGGCGGCGGCGUCUGCGGCGGCGGUGGUGGCGCUGCCGUCGGUGGAAGUGGGGGGAGGAGGGGAAUGUGUGAUAUGUAAGGAGGAGAUGAAGAAAGGGAGAGAGGUGUGCGAAUUGCCGUGCGGCCAUUUGUUCCACUGGAUUUGCAUACUCCGUUGGCUGAAGAAGAGAAACACGUGUCCCUGUUGCCGCCACCGCCUCCCCACAGAUGAUGUCCGCCGUGAGAUCCGGCGGUUGUUGGAUGAUCUCGCCGUCUACGGCGGCGGUGGCAACACCAGGCUGAAUAUACAAGAAUGCUUAUAAAUUAUAAUUAAUUAAUUAAUUAAUAUAUCUUGUAAAAUUAAUGCCGAAAUCAGUACAUAGAAUAAACAUGUGAUGAAAUUACUCAAUUAAUUAGUAGUAAUAAUUACAAUUAGACCAUGUAAAGAGAUUGUUGUUCUUUAUUGCUCAUACUUUACAAAUUAUUGAAUUAAGUGUAAUUAUUUUGAGCUUAAAUUCGAUAAUUACUACU